AUGUCGACCUUAUCUUCUCCCAGGCCCUCUAUAGCCUCUGCGCGUACUUCAACCCCAAACGGCUCCCGGAGGCCGUCAAUCGAUAGCCUAGCCGUCAGCACCACUUCAACUCCCAGGGAUCGCGCUACAUCUCCCUCUCUGGCUCAGCGUCGCAACAGAGCUGCGUUACGGGAUUAUUAUAAUCUUAAGCCCAACCGUAUUGAUUCUUCAGCCUCCAGUCAAUCGAGGGGACUAGUCACCCCUCGUUUUCAGGAUAAUCCGCACUCCCCACAGACGACCCCGAUUACAACUGGCGAACUCGACAGCGCCGAUUUCGAACCAUCCGCCUACGUCUCACAACUUCUGUCUACCUCCUCACUAUCGACGAUUCUGCGAGCAGAAAAUUCACUUGUCAGUGAUAUCCGAACGCUUGAUGGGGAACGCAAAGCUUUGGUAUACGAUAAUUACUCAAAAUUGAUAGCAGCUGUUGAAACAAUUGGCAAAAUGAGAAAGAGCUUAGAAGAUGAAGGUUCACCAAUGAUGAUGACCAAGACACUUGGUCCGGCGGUAGGAUUUGUUACUGAAACAGCCGGUGCUCUCAUCAGAGAACAAGAAGCUCUAGAGGGUUAUACAAGAAAUCGAGAAGAAAAGAACGGCAGCAACCUGGAAAAACAAACUGUACGAUGGGCUUUGGACACACCGAGACGCCUUAGGUUCUUACUAGAACAAGAUAAAAAUGAAGAUGCAAAACAAGACUGGGACGAAGUGAAAGACUUGCUGAGAAAAUGGGAUGGUGUGAAAGGUGUCAAAGAACUAAAGGAAGAGUGCGAAGCUAUUAUGGAUGGUGAGGGAUAG